AUGGCAAGGGCCUCGAGAAGAUAUGCUAAGACCAAUGGAAGAAGGGCAAAGGAUGCAGCAGAGAAUACUACGGCUGAGAGGACUACUCCGCAGAUUCAAGAAUUGCAGAAUAUAAUGGACCUGGAAAGAAGCAAAAUCGAGAAGAUGAAAUCUGCUUAUAUUUCUCAGAACUGCCAAUUAGCAAGAGCAAAUUCAUCUCUGAUGAUGAAAUUCAGUGACUUGGAGGCAAGAAUCAGUGACUUGGUUCAAGAAAAUGUGGCCCUGCGAUCCAACAAGUCGAAAAUUGAACUGGACUACAGAAAGAGACUCAAAAAUCAGCUCCAGGUUCUAGAGGAAGGUAUUUCACACAGGUUUGAAGAGAUUUUCCACAUGUUUGAGCGGAUCAGAGAGAAGGAAAAGUUAUCUCAGACAUCCGAUUCAAGCCAUCUGACAGAUUCGACGUCCGUAUUGGCUACGCAAAUAGCAAAGCGACGUUCAUCAACUAUUGGUUCGAGAACUUCAAACCAUAUUCAUUUUGCGGAAGUGCAAAAUGGUGGACAUUUCAUCAAUACUGAUAACCGCGAGUACGCAGGUUCAGAUCAUGAUGCUGAAGCAGACGACAACCCAGUCUCUAGAUUGAAAAGAAAAAGACGCAAAAGUUCGAGAAGAGAAUCUAUUAUCAUACCGACAAGUUUUAAUUUCUACGAUGAAACGGGAUCGGAUAUCGAGAAUCCAAAUCACAAACCAUUAUCAGCAAAUUCAAUGACUGAAAAAUCGCAAAUUCCUGCGGAAGAACAGAUACGACCGGAAGAAAAUUCCUUAAGGUCUUCCGACAACGGCCCACAGGUACUUGCACAGGAAGAAACACAAAACUGUGACGCAAUGGCCACAUUUCAGACUGGUACUGUAGAGAGACAUGUUACAGAUGAAAAUGGGGAAAAGCAGGAUCCUAUGUCCGCAGAACUGCAUGAAGAUGGCUCCUUCAAUUUCACUAACUCAAUUAUAGAAUACUCGAUACCGGAAGAAGUGAUAAACUCUAAUGCAAACAAUGAAGUAGAUCCUCCGUCUUCUUCAAAAAUUGAAGUAUUUAGGGACAACGAAGACAUUGAGCUACUUCUCGAUAAAAAAUCUCUCAGUUGUGAAACACCCGAUAAAAAGAAUGGCAAUAAAGUGAUUCCUAUAAAUAAUGAAAACAGCGAAACUAACAAGGUUACCUUCAUUCCAAUGUCAAAACAAAACAAAGUAAAACACUCCAUGAGACUACCGAAUUCAAGAUCCGAGAAAAAGAUCAUCGAUGAGGGUAUGCCUGGGACUGGUUCCCAAGGUAUAGACUUAAGAUCUAGAAGAACGCGGGGAAAGGCAGUAAAUUAUGCACUUCCUUCUUUAAGAGCCAAAAUGAGACGGCCAACGGAAAAACUAGUUGACGCAACAACCUUUACAAACAUUCAUGAUCUGCAGGUUAGCAAACGAUCGAAAAGGUCAGAGAGCGAUAAUGACGUUGUAAGAUCAGAGUCUGUCGAGACAUAUAGCGAAUUUUUACCCAAAGCUCCUACGAAUUCUCCUAAUCUAUCUAAUAUGAGGCCUGAAGUUCCAGCAGAAAGCAUGAAGCCUGGGCAAGAUUUGGGAAAGGAAAACCUUACAACUGUUGCAUACAAGAAGAUAUCAAACACUGCGUUGAAUCCUAUACUAAGAGAUAUCACAAAUCAACCCAAUCCCAAACCAUUGAAGACUAAAAAGCUAUACAAGAACGCUAUUAUCAACGAUUCGCUAGACAAAGAUGAGAUUGCCGCAUUGGAGCAAAGCGGAGAUCGUACCAGCAAAGGCGCACAGUCUCUUGAGGAAGGCUUGUCAGUAUUCGAUCUUAUUGGAUGUAAUAGCUUCAAAGCGGCUCAUAAAACAUAUAGAGCAAAAGUCAAGAAAACAAAUAUAUAUAAAUAA